AUGAACCCUUUCUUCACCAAUCCUUUAUUUCUUGACAAUCACGGCCCAACACCCCCAAAUUUCCAAUUGGACUCGAGUUCAUCCGACGAGACGGAACGGUAUAUUAAUCUAUUCACAAUGUCCGUGAUACUGCCUCCUCUUCAAGAACGUAUACGAGACGCGACAAUCGUGAGAUGCACAUCUGCAGUUCGCCAGUUAGGAUACGGUAGUAAUCCCGACAGUUUAGAUGAUUACCUAAAUAUGUCGGAAAGAUCGUCACGUGACACCCUUAAUGCUUUUUGUGAUGGAGUUAUUAAGUUGUAUCGGCAUGAAUAUUUGCGUAGGCCAACGCGGAGUCUUGAUUGUACACACUGGGCUUGGGAUAAUUGUCCAGUAGCUUGGCGUGGCCAGUACACGCGAGGUGAUCAUCACGGGCCGACGAUAUCGCUUGAAGCAGUUGCAUCACUGGAUUGUUGGAUUUGGCACGCAUACUUUGGUGUUGCCGGUUCAAACAACAACAUUAAUGUGUUGAACCAAUCUUCUUUGUUCAAUCCUUUUGAAGACGGCACAACACCGUUGGUUCCAUUCACUGUAAAUGGAACCGAAUAUCAGUACCCAUAUUUUCUCGUGGAUGGGAUCUACCCAAGAUAUGCGAUGUUUGUGAAAACGAUUUCCCAUCCAACCGGUGAGAAAAGGAUUCGAUAUGCUAAGGCACAGGAGGCUGCAAGGAAGGAUGUGGAACGAGCUUUUGGUAUUAUAAAAAAAAAUGGAAAAUACUUAGAGAACCGGCACGACAAAUGGAAGAAACCCCCAUCCGUAAGAUUAUGUAUGCGUGUUGUAUUCUUCACAACAUGA